UAUUCUAACAUACAAAGUUAAUAAUUCUUGACAUUUCCCUUCUGAAUGAAACAAUUUAGUAUGCCAGGGAGAAGUGGGAUAAAUGACCUAGGGCAGUAUGCAAAGGGAUUUGGGCUGUGGGGCUGGGAAGGACAGCCUGGGGCAGGGAACAGAGCCAGGAAGGGUAUGACAGCAGGACUGUUUAUGACAGUACCAAGUAGCCUGAAUUGUGGGAAAAGGGACUAGGCUGGGCCUCCACAUGCUCCUCUCUCUUCCAGCAGCACCUGAGUAACCAGCUCUUGGCCACUGCCCCCAGAGAGCCCAGAGUGCAGGCAAUGGCCUUGUUCCUGUCUGCCCCAGCCCAGGCCGAGGUAACCUUUGAAGAUGUGGUCGUGCUCCUUUCCCAAGAGGAGUGGGGCCAUCUGGGCCCUGCUCAGAGGGGCCUUUACAGGGACGUGAUGCUGGAGACCUAUGGAAACCUAGUCUCACUGGGAGUAGGACCUGCAGGUCCCAAGCCUGGAGUAAUCUCACAGUUGGAGCGAGGGGACGUGCCAUGGGUCUUGGAUGUGCAGAGUGUCUCGGGGAAAGGGCAACUGAGAGCUGGCAGCUCAGUGCCACACAGCAGCAACUGGCAUGACCUGUGUUUUUCAGAUGGGUAUACCAAAGCUCAGAAAGCCUGUGAGACCAGGACAGAGUACACAGAGUUGACUUCAGGGGAAACAUUUAAUGGGGAAGAACUGGACCAACUCAGGGGGACUUUUUCCUGGGGACCUGAGCCAGGAGAAGCCCAUGACCAUGUCAGGGAGUUGGAGGGGAGCCUGGAUGAGCCAGUGGAGCACAGAGCCUCCAGGCCAGUCAUACUGGCAAAUGGGGAAAGCCGCUGGGAGUCUGAGGGAAACCUCAGGUUGUGGUCAAGCCCUGUCCCUGAUCAGAGACCUCACAAAUGUGAUAUAUGUGAGCAGAGUUUUGAGCAGAGAUCAUGCCUCAACAACCAUAAGCGUGUACAUACGUUAAAAAAACCAAAUACGGUUCAUGAUUCUGGGGAAAUCUUCAAUGUAAACUUAAUUGUUAAGGAAGAUCAGGAAAUUCCUACUGGAAAAAAGUUGCAUUAUUGUGGUUACUGUGGGAAAACAUUCAGGUACAGUGCCAACCUUGCCAAGCAUCAGCAGCUUCACAGUGAAGAGAAGCCCUACAAGUGUGGUGAGUGUGGGAAAGCCUUCAGCCAAAGCUGUGAGUUCAUCAAUCAUCAGCGGAUGCAUUCUGGGGAGAUCCCCUACCGGUGUGAUGAGUGUGGAAAGACAUUUAAUCGGAGGCCCAAUCUCAUGAAACAUCAAAGGAUUCAUACUGGGGAGAAGCCCUACAAGUGUGGCGAGUGUGCGAAACAUUUCAGUGCUUACUCUUCCCUUAUUUAUCACCAGAGAAUCCACACUGGAGAGAAGCCCUAUAAAUGUACUGACUGUGGGAAAGCCUUCAGUGAUGGCUCAAUCCUUAUCCGUCAUCGUCGGACUCACACUGGAGAGAAGCCAUUUGAAUGUAAAGACUGUGGCAAAGGCUUUACCCAAAGUUCUAACCUUAUCCAACAUCAGAGAAUUCACACUGGAGAGAAACCCUAUAAAUGUAAUGAAUGUGAGAAGGCCUUUAUCCAAAAAACCAAACUUGUUGAACAUCAGAGAAGCCACACUGGAGAGAAGCCCUAUGAAUGUAAUGACUGUGGCAAGGUUUUCAGCCAGAGCACUCACCUCAUCCAGCACCAGAGAAUCCACACAGGAGAGAAGCCCUACAGGUGCAGUGAGUGCGGGAAGGCCUUCCACAACAGUUCUAGACUCAUUCACCACCAGAGGUCGCACCAUGGAGAGAAGCCUUACAAGUGCGGUGACUGCAAGAAAGCCUUCAGCCAGAGUACUUACCUGUCCCAGCACCAGAGGAUCCACACAGGAGAGAAGCCCUACAGAUGCCGCAAGUGCGGGAAGGCCUUUCGGCACAGCUCUAACAUGUGCCAGCAUCAGAAGCUCCAUCUUCGGGAAGACUUACCCUCUUGAUGGUGGAGGUUUUGUGCAGCAGAGUUCUACAGUGCAACUCCUUCACAUGCUCUUGAUUCCCCCCUUUCCCUCUAUUUAUUGUCCACAUAGUGUUUUCAUAAGGUGAAGGUGCAUUUCUCUCCAAUUAAAGAAAUCUUUCUUAAGCCAUAAGCUAUGCAUGUUCAUUUUAGAGAAAUUAAGAGAGGAAAAUGAGGACAUUUUAUUAUCUCUCCCAUUUAGAAAAAAAGGACUCAUUGCUACUGAUUUU